CCCGCGCUCCCCGCCCGGCUCACCCCCCGCGGCUCCGGCUGGAGCGUCUGCUGGUGGCCGGAUUCCCAGACCCCGCUAAACAUUUACCAUUUUGGAGUUUAAAGUAUGUCAUCAUGGCAAAGUUUCGAAGAAGGACUUGCAUCAUUUUGUCACUUAUUAUUCUAUUUAUUUUCUCCCUGAUGAUGGGUUUAAAAAUGCUGAGACCAAAUAAAGCUACUUCCGGAGAUCCUUUUGGACUUGAACUUCUUCCAGAACUUCAUCAACAAACUCACUUAAGGAAAAGUUUUGAUUCCCAAAACAGUGACAAAGUCAACAGUGAAACAAAUAUCAAGAACUUAAAAAGUGUUGAAAUCACUAUGAAACCUUCCAAAACCUCUGAACCUUACCUGGAAGAGCUGCCACCCCUGAAUUAUUAUUUACAUGCAUUUUAUUACAGUUGGUAUGGAAACCCACAAUUUGAUGGUAAAUAUAUACAUUGGAACCAUCCAAUAUUGAAGCAUUGGGACCCUAGAAUAACCAAGAAUUAUCCACAAGGGAAACACAGUCCCCCGGAUGACAUUGGCUCCAGCUUUUACCCUGAAUUGGGAAUUUACAGCUCUCGGGAUCCUUCUGUCAUUGAAAGUCACAUGAAACAAAUGUACUCAGCUUCAAUUGGUGUACUAGCCCUAUCUUGGUACCCACCUGGUACAAAUGAUGAGAAUGGAGAAAAUACUGAUGACUUGGUACCAACUAUUUUGGAUAAAGCUCAUAAAUAUAAUCUGAAGGUCACUUUUCACAUUGAACCAUAUAGCAAUCGAGAUGAUCAAAACAUGUACAAAAAUGUCAAAUAUAUUAUAGACAAAUAUGGAAAUCAUCCAGCCUUUUAUAGGUACAAGACUAGGACCGGCAAUGCUCUUCCUAUGUUUUAUAUCUAUGAUUCUUAUAUCACAAAGCCUGAAAAAUGGGCCAAUUUGUUAACCCCCACAGGGUCUCAGAGCAUCCGCAAUUCUCCUUAUGAUGGACUGUUUAUUGCACUUCUAGUAGAGAGCAAACACAGAUACGAUAUUCUUGAAGGUGGUUUUGAUGGAAUUUACACAUAUUUUGCCACAAAUGGCUUUACUUAUGGCUCAUCAUAUGAGAAUUGGGCAAGGCUAAGAUUUUUUUGUGAUCAGUUCAACCUCCUGUUUAUCCCAAGUGUGGGCCCAGGAUAUAUAGAUACCAGCAUCCGUCCAUGGAACGCUCAGAACACUCGGAACCGAAUCAACGGGAAGUACUAUGAAACUGCUCUGGAUGCUGCACUCCAUGCCCAUCCCAGUAUAAUUUCUAUCACCUCUUUUAAUGAGUGGCAUGAAGGAACUCAGAUUGAAAAAGCUAUUCCCAAAAGAACCAGUAAUACAGUAUACCUCGAUUACCGGCCUCAUAAACCAAGUCUUUAUCUAGAACUAACUCGCAAGUGGUCUGAGAAAUAUAGUAAGGAAAGAGCAGGUUAUACAGUUGAUCAGAAGCUGCCUCUUUCCUAAUGCAUAAAUAAUUAUAGAAAUAACCUAAUUUCAAUAAACACCUUUCGUGUUGUUUGGCAGUUACCCCAUCAGUAUAUAUGUAAUAAAAAGAAUUUGUAAUUUUUUAAAAAAUGCUAAUAUCAUCAUUGUCACCCUUCACAAUUCUGCACUGAAAAAAAUCUGAGAGAAAAGUUGUGCAAAUAAUGUUAUUUGACAUUAUUACAUAGAGAAUGCACAGUUAAAUCCUGCUUGUAUUCUGGGCCCAACGAGAGAGAAUGUGUAUAUUUGAUAUGUCUAGUGAAGAAAAUAAGAUCUACAAGAUAGUGUAUAUUUCAUUAGUUUUUUUUUUCAAAGAUUCAGUCAUCCAGAGUCUGUUCACUAAUACAGUCCAGUCUCCAAUAAGAAUUCUUAAGGAAAAUAAAAUCUUAACUUAAGCCUUACUGUGAAUCGUAUUGUGUUAGGAAGGCCUGCUUUCUGCAGCACAAUAUGCAUCAUUCUUUGAAGAAUUUUUGAUAACAUAGCAUGCUAGGUAUUUUGCAUGUCUACUGUGUCUGCUUUAAAAGCUAUGAAAAAUUCUGUCAUAGAAGUUAAUGAUUGCUUCUCUGUUAAGAAAACCUAGUUGGUUUAUAGUUAUUAUGAAGAUAGAAUGACCAAAAUACAAGUUUUUGGAUACCUGUCAAUCUUUGCCUUGUCAUUCAUGUUUUUAAUUUAAUGUUAAUCAGAGACCAACUGUUAGUAUCAAUCUUUUUAUUUCUUACCAACCAUUAGCUUUCCUUCUUAAUAUUUUAAGCUAUUUUAACAAAAUAGAGAAAAUUACUUUGCAUUUUAACGACAUAGAAAUGAAAAUUCUUUUAUAUCUUAAAUUCAUUCCUGAAGUUUGACUUUUAAGUUUAACACUUAGUGAUGGGAAUAAUCUCAUUUAAAAGACAAAAUAUCCCCAUGUAAAAACAUUAUACUUUGACAGUACCUAUCAUAUUCAAUACUUGUGAUCAGUUGUUUAUCAUAUUAUGACAAAUUAAUCCACCAAUAUGCUAAAAAAUGAAUCUCCUUAAUAGAUUGUUAUUCUUCAAUUCUUAGAGUUAAGUAGAACUAUAAAAUAUAUAUAUAUACUAUGACAUGAUUAUUCCUUAGAUAUUUAAUUUACUAAAGAGAAGCAGUAGGGCAGUACUAAACAAUAAUACAUAUAAAUCUUCAGGUUUUAGAGAUACUCAUUCAGAAAUAAGGUAACAGUAGAAUUUAUCAUAAAAUAGCCCAUCAGGUGGUGAAAUUUAUUUUUAGUUAGUAAUUUUGAAAUAAAAUAUCUUUUAUUUGAAAAGAGGCAUGAUUAAUAUAAAACUUCUUUAAACCUUAAGAAUUUGCCAUUUCUCAGAGAAUGAUCAGGCCAUGGGAAAUGCAAACAAUAGUAGUAAUCUACUUUCUAGAAGAAAUUAUCAGAAUAAAUCACUAUAACGAUAUAAUGAAGCCUCUUCCUAACCUGUGGAUUUUUUUUUCUUAUAUCCAGUUAGCCACUAUAUGUUAUCGUAGGAUAAACUGUAAAUAUAUCUAACAAUCACUUUUACCAUAUUUUAUUAAAUUUAGAGAAAUAACUACCACAGAGGAAUUUUUGUCAUUGCUUAUACUGCAUAUCUGAACCUACUGUAACAGAAAAUUUUUUGAAAUAGUUCUGAAAUUAUAAAACCAAGGUCUAUAAAACCUCAGCACAAAUACCACCACUUUCUAUCUUGCUCCCCUUGCAAGCCUAGAUAAUCUAGUACAGCAGUACUCUUUACCUCUGAACUUUGUUGUGCUUCCCAAUACAUUACUCGAACUAGCCUGUAAUGAUCAGAUUUCAAAGUAAAACAAAACAGAUUUGUUCUCAAGGGAAAAUGUUUGGAAUCUGAUCUCAUAGUGGUUUAAGAAUUUAUAAUUAUAUGACUAUCCUGUGUCUUUUUGCCUGUUUAAUAAUUUCAUUAUUCUUAGGGAGGAAUGCUCUCAAAAAUCUUCCUCAGGUAUUCAUUACAGCUGCCUUUAUCAUUGGACUUAUAACACAGUUUGGAUCAUUAUGAUCACAAGUAAAAGCAAAGAACUGGUUACCUAAUUUAAACUAUCUAGAUGUGAAUUCAAUAAACUAAAAUAACUGUCAAACAGUGUAAUAUAUGCAAUGCAUGAAUCAUAAUUCUUCUAUGGUUUAAUCAAUCUGUUUUGACUCUAUAGAAAACAGUCUUUUUUUCAUUGUUCCCCUUGAGGAUUAAUAUUGUCAAAAACUGCUGUUAUUAAUGUUUAAGUUAUUCAUUAACUUUUUUCUGUUUUAAAAGUAAUUAAAAGGCUAUUUUGUUAUAUGUAGUAACUAACUUUUCAUUUAAUAAAAGCAUACAUGAAAUCGUGUAUCUUAGAUAUAAAAAUGUGUUCCUUUCUAAUUAUGAAAUAUGUUUAAUUUCUGAUUAACAGAUGAAAAGUAAUAUUCAUUCAGCACUCUGUAUAUUUUCUCUAUUUAAAUAUGUAACACUUACAAAGUCUGUGUCUUUAACUAUAUAUACAUUUUAAAUCUGUGAAUUUGUUAAACACACCCACAAAAAAUGUGGGGUUUUUUGGGGGGGGUGGGUUGGAGAUGUUUUAUUUUUUUUAUUCUUUGGGCAUAAUCAUAUGUUAGCUCUAACAGACCACUAGAGAACCUACCAAGUUUCUAACCCUGCACUUUUUCAAACUGAUCAGUUACUCAGUUUAAACAUGAAGACUGUUCCUGAACUCUACAGUGCCUACAGAAAUAGCUCUUGAAAGUCUGUGUCUAAAUUUUGAAUUAAAGUCGAACACUUUCAUGUCCCAUAGCAUAGAAGCAAUACUUUAUGACCAGCAAAAUUUCAGUUAUUUUUAUAAAUAUCUACAAUUUCAAAAUGAUAAAUGGGCCUAGCCACAAGCAAAACAAUUUUUUUGGCUCAGAACUUCUUUUUAAAAAAUGUACUUCAAAUUAAAUUUUGUACUGACUUUAUGUGGAUACAUAACAAAGUCUGAAUGUUAUUGUAUUCUUCCUGUAAGAUCAUCAUUCUUGAGAAUUCAACUACUACAUUGGCUUAAUUACUUUAUAGAGACUCAUUCCAGUCUGAUCAAAGAACUUAGAGUAGUGCUGUUAGAUUUCAUCAAUGAAGAGAGGAACAUUUUUUCAAUGUGGUUUUUGUUGUUACAUAAUUUAUAGUAUCAAAAGAAAAAUAACUAUAUGGUAACAGAUCUGAAAUUUAGUGUAGUUAAAACACUUUUUACUUUGGAUGUUCUAGAUUUCAUUUAAAAGUAUCUUUCUUUUGUUUCUCAAUUUAUAUUAAAAAAUUAGCCAUAAAUUUAAUCAUAAAUUAUCAUAAAUCAUAAAGAGACUUUCAGAAAAUACCCACUUGAAAUAAAUAUUUCAUGAAAUAAGACAAUGAGUUUCUAUGGUUUGAUAAUUCUAUAUACAUAACUCAACUUAUGACUAUAUCAUCAUGGUUUGUUUUUGACUUUUUGAAAGAAUUGGUCAGUCUGACCAAAGAUUGUUGUAAACAACAUGAAAUAAAGGGAGAACUACUUAACUAUUCAGGCACAUUUAAGAUGUAUUAAUUAUGUUCAUGCAUGAAAGUGAGUGCAUUUUACAAAAGGCCAUUAUGAAAACAGUACUAUAUUAAUUUGAUAAUGUCUAAUGUGAUCUUUACCCUGAUUUUAAAACUAUCAAAUACAAAAGAGAAAAAUAUUUAGAAGAAAUUCAAUUGAAAUAAAUGCAAUAAAGUUUAGAAAUUUAUAUAGUCACCUAAGAAGAGCGUGCCAGAACAUUUGUUAUAGUCAAAGUUUGUGUUUAUUGAAUGCUGCCAUUCUAUGUAUUGUUUUUUAAUUACUUAGAUUCAUUAGCCAUGUGGCAGGCUAUUAAGCCAUUAAUAUUAAAAUAGAGCAAUCUAAUCUCUGGCUUCUUGUAAAAAGUUAACUGCAAGGCUGCUAAAUUCUUAUUUGAAAAGUUGGUGUUAUAUUUAAUUAAAGUACAUUCUUGAAAACUACACUCUUUUAGCUGUCUUGUAAAAAAAAAUGUUGAGUGACGAUCAUUUUAUGAAUAGUAGCUGAGCUCAAAUUCUAUUUUUCCUCAUGAAUAUUAUGUAUUCUUAGCUAAAGACAAUAUAAUUCCCAAAUAAAAUAUUAUUUUAAUGUUUAAUAUUUUAUUUCAUUGUUUUCUUUUUACUUGAGUCACUCCUGUAUCAAGUGUAGGUAAUGUUUUCUCUUUUUAAAAUUUGUACUCGGGCAGCCCGGGUGGCUCAGCGGUUUAGCGCCACCUUCAGCCCAGGGCAUGAUCCUGGAGACCCGGGAUCGAGUUCCACGUCAGGCUCCCCUCAGGGAGCCUGCUUCUCCCUCUGCCUGUGUCUCUACCUCUCUCUGUAUGUCUCUCAAUGAAUAAAUAAAUAAAAUAU